AUGAAUCAUAACGUUCAGAUAUUUGUUCACGUCAUCUUCUUCUUGUACCAAUCGCAAGAGCUUGGUGCCAAUCUUCUGUUAAUUAACGAUCCCGCAUAUGUCCAUUAUACACCUUAUAGAAUUGUUUCAGCAGAUACUCGCGUAAAACGAGACAAAUCUUCACCGUUAUCUCUCGAAAAUAAUCAAUGUGAUCAAUAUAUUUAUACAAAACUUUACAGUUGUUCGCAAUUAACCGGUUGCACAGCAUUAGCAACAUGCCUUCAAUCGAUCCAUUGUUCAAUUAGUAACAAAUCGUACGGAAGUUUAAUUCUGAAUCUACUCCAUUUACUUGGACUAAAUAAUUGUCAACAUAAUGAUCUCGGUACAUCAUGUUCGCAUACGAAACAAGUGAUCAUCUUACAUAAUCUAUUGACACAUUGGACUGCACAGAAGACGAGCAACUAUAUUGAUCAUCAAGUACAAAAUAAUGAAGAUAUCAAUCAAUAUUGCCAAACGAUAUCGAGUUUCAUAAGUGAAGUGAAAAAUGAAAUUCGCGAGCAAUGCUCAUUGUACACAAGACAAGUCGAUGCAUUUGUGGAGAACUAUUUUUGUUCAUCAAAUCAUGUGGAAAUACCAUCAGUGAGGAACACACCUGACUUAGUACAUUCGUCAGAUUGGUCGAAGCUGGAUGAAACUUUACGAAAGCUGCCAAUGACUCAAUCGAAAAUGGUUUACUUUGACGAAGACAAUGAUUUGAAUUUUUUCAAUCCAAAUCAAAAGCUCUUCAAUACAACUGAACAAACUGUUUAUGUUAACGAUCACCGGUACUACAACGUGUCAUAUAUUAUUCUGAAAUCAGGAGGAAUACCAUUGUAUUUUGUCAACGAUAGUGACCAAUUUACACGUGUUCAAGAACUUGCUGAUCAACAUCGAACAGCCUUUGGCAUCAAUUUAAAAUUUAAUUUCCCAUUUUAUGGACAUGAAAUUAACAAAAUAAUGAUUGGAACAGGAGGUUUUAUCUAUACAGGCGAUUUGUUACAUUCAGCAUUGAUUGGCAGCACACAAUACGUUGCACCAUUUAUGGCAAACUUUGAUCCAUCUAUUGGUGGAAAUCAAUCCGAAAUCAAAUACUAUGACAAUAGCACACAUUUCAUAUGUACAUGGAACAAUCUUUACCUUCGAGACCAACCAAAUAUCGGGUCAUUUUCCUUUCAAGCAGUUUUACAAGACACCGGACACAUCUAUUUUAAUUAUAUACAAAUUCCGUCGAUGAAAAUCUCUGUUGAAAAUCAUCCUCAUCACAUUGGUCUUUCUGAUGCGUAUAUAACUGAACGGACAACAAACGAACAUAACAUGCGCGUGAUAACACUUUAUGAUAAGCUAAAUUUGGAACAUGGGAAAAUCCAAUCUGGACUUUCGGUCAUGUUUACCAUGGAUAAAACGUGCAAUACUUUCACUGAUUGCGUAACGUGUCUUGCUAAUCGAGGCAAACGUUACAAUUGUUCAUGGUGCGAUACUAUUCAGAAAUGUUCAGAUGGUUAUGAUCGUUCUCGGCAUCAAUGGAUUCAGGGUCAAUGUCACUACUUAGCUUUAGAAAAUUCGUGCCCAAGCAACACUGAAGACCCGUUCUUUGAUACAUUUAUUACACAGAUCCCAUUUGUUCAGCAGGAUGACACUACUGUCCUUCCACAACAUUCAACAUUAUCAACAAUUCGUACAAUCGUUGUAACAUUGUUAUUAACUGUUUUAAUUCUCUCUUUAAUUGUGUUUGUUGGCACUUAUGUCUACGCUUACCGACAUCCAACGUCACCACCGGGUAUAUGGUUGCUCGAACAUCGUCCAACGACGUAUAUCGCUCGUUUUAAACGAUCAAGUGGAAUGAAUAACGACUCGUCAUAA